AUGAGUCUCAAUUGCAACCAGCUGCUUGAGAGUGACUCAGAUCAGGGGACAUCGAAUGGGGCCAAAUCUCCUGGGGAAGAAUCCGGUGAAGACCGUUCAUCCAUCUCAACAAUAGGCGGGUGUGGGACUAUGGAGAUGUCCACUUCUACCCUAAUUCAUACAUACUCUCCGUCUCAAACGACAAAGACACCAGUGACUCCUGGAGGAUCCAUUACAACGGCAAAGACGAGCGAUACACCACAGACUACAUCGUCGGAGAACACAACACACCAGGCCAUGUCUGAGGCACUAGAGGAUAGAUCAAGCUCACAAACCACCCAAGGCCUUCCGGAGUCGACCACCAUUAUUCACAGUACGCGCUCAGGCGAAAACUUGCCCGAGCGACAGUCCACGGAGACAUUUCAAAUACAUGACACGCCUCCCCAUAAAGAGAUUAGUUCUCCAUUACCCUGGAAGGAGUCUGUUGGACUCUAUGGCUGUUCCGGCAUUCUUGGUGGCUCUGCUCUGGUUCUAGGUGUGAUCGGGUUCCUUUCUUUUCUCUGGUUCGGCAAGGGAACUGUGCCUGAAGCUGCGAAGGCUUCAUGGUUAUGGCGGCGGAUUGCCUUGGCGGACUGGAUGACCCGGACCAUUACCAUCUGCGCCCUCGUCUUGCGGCUCGUCAUUUCCAUCCAAGCCGGCAUAUGCACCUCUAUGAUUGCCGCCCUUGUCUUGGAAAACCACCACGCCCUGAUUCGCAAGUCUCAAGCUGCCUAUGUCUCCGUAAUCAGAGGCGUCAAUGACGGGCCAAGAAAACUGAUCCAGAUACUUCUGUCCUCGAGAACCUUGUCUGUAUUGGCAAGCUUCGAGAUUUGGCUCAUGAUGCUACUAGGCAUGCUAACAUUGGUUUUACAAUUCUCCUCAACCAUACUUCUGUCAGAUCUAAGGGACUUUGUGGUCGCGGGCGAUGCCAGCAUCACAACCGUUGCCAACCUGCUUCAUGGACAUUCAAUUGAAGAAUUGAAUAGCGGCUUCGGUGUCAUGCUCCAGACAAGUCCCAUAUAUGGCAUCUUUGGGGAAUCGGAAUCCAGUGUAGACAGCUCACCGAGCCCCAAUGGCUUCAGUGACACAGGUCUUGUGCAGCGCGGCUACAUCCCCGUCCCGGAUAAAGAUGCUCGUAGCUCAGUCCGCCAAUACCGUGGGAACACCCUAGUGUCAAGCUCUCGUGUUUCUUGCCUUGCUCCGAAGAUGGAAGCGUCCUUCAGCAACUACACUUCCGAUGCCAGUGCUAUUUUGGGCCGAAUCACUGGAACUCUGCACUACGGAGAAGCCUUGACAGAGGCUCGCCCCGGGACAGACACGUCGCCUCUUUGUCGCGGAGGCGAGUGCGAAUCGACUCCGUUCGAAUGUUUGACCGGAAGCAGCCUUUACGGCAGUACUCAAAGUGUCUUCUGUUUUAUUGGGAACGUAGGGGGCACAUUGAAAACCCUACAUGAUCUGAACUGGCGACCUGAUGAUCCUCCUUGGGCAGUCAACUCGUCAAUUUAUUUAGUGCUCUCAUCGAACAUGACCCAAGAUGACUGGUACAGCUUGUCCGAGAGCCACGAGGUCCCUAUGAGCCAGACAGACGACGAAUGGAUAACCUUCCAGCCCGUGGAAGGCCGAUCCGUCGACAUCUCCCUCUGUUUUACACGCUUUGUGGUCAAUAGACGCUUCGUCGACCUGUCCCGAAAUGGCCCAACUCUCGAGCCAGUGAUGACCUGGGGCAAGCUUUCAUAUGAGCACAGUAGUUCCUCGGUCCUCAAUAUGUUUGAUACAGACACUCCAAGAACUCCCAGCGAGCGAGGUCUGCUCGAGAUGGAUAUUUUAUCCGGCUCAGACGGCUGGAUUCCUGCUAAUAACACAACUUUCGAUACCGAUUCUCCAGGAACGAGAAGCUCGGGCUAUAAUACCUCGGCGAUCCUUAUGAGCUUGGUGAUAACGCCGCUCACCGACCUUUUUACCCCAAAUAUGACUCUCAUAGCCUGUAUUCAAUGCGUGGCUUAUGGCAGCGUCAUGCAUCCAGAGCUUGUAUAUAUAUUUGAGGACACCCUUAGAUCCACGCGGCGAUCGGCCAAUGCCUUUCAAAAUCUAAUUGGUGCUCUGGCUAGCGCCUCCUACGAUAACCUACUCAGUAGCCUGAGUGUGCCAGAAGAGGUCAAGAUGUCGUCCACAAGCACGGUUCGCGCGCCCGGAUCUUGCAUUACAGACAGCUUCUCUGGCUUCAUAUCCGUCGCGACGCUGCUGGGAGUUCACAUGGUGACGGUUUGUGCAAUAGCAGUGAUGUACGCUGUCCGUGUGCGUUACUCCCGGGUUUCAAAUAUCUGGCAUGCCGUCUCUCAACUUUUCGGUGUUGAGUUACACGACGCCAUGACCCAGGCCAACAAUGCAAGCGACGCAGUCGUCGAGAAGCAUAAAUUCUCCGAGGGCAAGGACAGCUUUGUAAGACUCGGCCAGCUUGAAGAUGACUCUGCAAUAGGCAUUGUAGCUAGCCGUGGCACCGAUCGAAAGCCUGUCAGUGGUGCAAAGGCAGAUGACGCUGGACGAAAGUAA